UUCCCGCGCCGAUCUUCCGUCGCUGAACCGUCCCCAAUUAGCCAUCUUUACAGAACGGAGAACCGCUCUUGGUGAAUAGAGCUGAGAGGAUCGGCCCACAGAUGGGAUCCAAUGGAGGUCAGGCUCUAAUAAUCACCAUCGUCGCUUUGGCUGUAGCGAAAGUGUUACAAGUCCGUAAUUUUGGUAUCACGAACUCGAGGAGGAGUAGGGGCUCGGAGUCAACCUCGAGACCGGACGAUGGGUCUGGAGAAGAGGAGGAGGCAUUAAGGAGGGACUCAGAGUCAAACUUGAGAACCGACAAUGCAUCUAAUGAAGAGUACGAUGUGUUCCUGAGCUUCCGGGGACCGGAUACUCGCAAUGGAUUCACCAGUUGCCUCUACAAUGGCUUGAGAAAUGCGGGAAUUCGCAGUUACGCUAAUAGUUCAUGGUGUCUGCGGGAGAUUGCGCGCAUGGUAAAAUGCACGUCAACAUCUAAUGGGAAGAAAGAAAUGCUUCCCAUCUUCUAUGACGUGAAUACUGAUGAUGUUAAGCUCAAAACCAAGUUGUAUAAAAGCCAUGGCCGAGCACCAGAAGAAGUUUGGCUCCAAUGA